AGGGUCGCCUGGGCUGUGGUUGGGGGGGAGGCGGCCAGGGGGACACUGGCCUGACCCUACCCUGGACCCAGAGCCCCCUGCUGCUCUGAGCUGGGCUUUGGGCGCUGCCUGGGGCUUUGGGGGUUCGACCCCCCCCAGCAUUUUCUAUAAGUUUGGCCAAACAAACUUUUUGUGUCCACUGCUCCAGUGGAGGUGGCCUGGGGGCGCUGUGGGGCGAGCUAAUCCCCCCCUCCCCUUUCCAAAGCUGUUUUGAUGUUCUCCAUCCAGGAGGGUCUCCCCAGAGGAGGGCUGACCAUGAAAGAAGAACCCUUGAGCGGCGGACUGACAGCAGUGAGGUCCUGGAUGCAAAGCACGGGGAUCCUGGAUGCCAACACGGCAGCCCAGAGCGGGGUGGGCCUGGCCCGCGCCCAUUUCGAGAAGCAGCCGCCCUCCAACCUGCGGAAAUCCAACUUCUUCCACUUUGUGCUGGCCAUGUACGACCGGCAGGGGCAGCCCGUGGAGAUCGAGCGCACCUCCUUCAUCGACUUCGUGGAGAAGGACAGGUUUCUAGGCGACUGUCCGGGGAGUUCAGCAGCUGAGACCGAUUGCAGCCAGCAGCACGAUGGGAGGAGCAGGACCCAGCCGUCCUGCUGGAUGCAGGACCGUAGCGUGAACGAGGGUGACGGACGCAGGCUCUGGGCUGGCGGCAAAUGUCCCCCCCCACCCGCAGGGCUGCGGACGGAGCAGGAUCUCUACGUGCGGCUCAUCGACUCCAUGUCCAAGCAGGCCAUCAUCUACGAGGGGCAGGACAAGAACCCCGAGAUGUGCCGGGUGCUGCUGACCCAUGAAAUCAUGUGCAGCCGCUGCUGUGACAAGAAGAGCUGCGGGAACCGCAACGAGACUCCCUCUGACCCCGUCAUCAUCGACAGGUUUUUCCUCAAGUUCUUCCUCAAGUGCAACCAGAACUGCCUGAAGAAUGCGGGGAACCCCCGGGACAUGCGCCGCUUCCAGGUGGUGGUGGGUCAGACGACGGGUGAACGUUCGACGGGGCACGUCCCUCUGGCAGUGUCCCAGAUAACAUGUUCGUCCACACAACCGACAAGCUACGGCUGCGCCCAGGCGCGACCAGCCACCCCCUGCAUCAAGGCCAUCAGCCCCAGCGAAGGGUGGACGACGGGCGGCGCCACCGUCAUCGUCAUUGGCGACAACUUCUUUGACGGGCUGCAGGUCGUCUUCGGCACCAUGCUGGUGUGGAGCGAGCUGAUCACCCCUCACGCCAUCCGGGUGCAGACGCCGCCCCGCCACAUCCCCGGCGUGGUGGAGGUGACGCUCUCCUACAAGUCGAAGCAGUUCUGCAAGGGCGCGCCCGGCCGCUUCGUCUACACAGCACUGAACGAGCCGACCAUUGACUACGGGUUCCAGCGGCUGCAGAAGGUGAUCCCCCGGCACCCCGGAGACCCCGAGCGCUUACCCAAGGAAGUCCUGCUGAAGAGGGCGGCAGACCUGGUGGAGGCCCUGUACGGGAUGCCGCACAAUAACCAGGCGUCAUCACUAAGCGACGGCAGAGAUCGCCCGAGGCCUGGAGCACACUCCCAUAAUGCACCUGGCCGGGGGGGUUCCUUCCUCCCCUGUGACCAGGUAGCGGGGUCGGUGGGAGCAUGCCCCCUCCAGCCAUCCCGCCAACGCUGCCCCUUGUCGCCCGCAGGCUAUGCCCGCAACACGAGCAGCGUCUCGCCGCGAGGGUAUGUGCCCAGCUCCACCCCGCAGCAGAGCGGCUACACCACCAUCACGUCCAGCAUGAAUGGCUACGGGGGGGCAGCCAUGACCGGCCUCGGGGUGCCUGGCUCCCCUAGCUUCCUCAACGGCUCCACCGCCAACUCCCCCUACACCAUCAUGCCCUCCAGCCCCCCGCUGGGCGCCUCCUCCAUCACUCUCCCAUCUGGCGCCAGCUCCUCCACCCCCGCCGGCGUCUUCUCCUUCUCCCCGGUCAACAUGAUCUCCGCUGUCAAGCAGAAGAGCGCCUUCGCCCCCGUGGUGCGGCCGCCCACCUCCCCUACCCCCACCUGCACCAGCACCAACGGGAACAGUCUGCAGGCUCUGUCGGGUCUCAUUGUGCCACCCAUGUGACUCGGGACUGGACCAGGACCCAGGAGGAAGCAGACCACACACGGGGACCGAACCUCACCAUUGACUCUGGGACCCCCAGGGGCUGCGGGGGGGCUCGUGCCCACAGCUCCCCCGCUCCAAAGGACACUGCUGCGGUGGCGGCUCAGUGGGAAGGCAGGCUGCGGCCGGAGGGGAACCCGUGCCCUCUAGCCAGGGGCAGUUCUCCUGCCAAGCUCCCCCCAGGACCUGGCUGCACAGACCGCAGGCUGGGUCCCUCCACGGAGUCAUGCAAAGGGGUGGGGUCUGGAUGGGGGCAGGGGGUCUCUGACUGCACCUUGCCGUCCUUCCUGCUGGGGGCUC